UUGCAGACAUGGAUGUGCGGCGGAACUCUGGAGAUAAUUCCGUGCUCUCAUGUGGGCCAUGUGUUCCGGUCCCGAUCCCCUUACAAGUGGCGGACAGGCGUUAAUGUAUUGAAACGUAAUUCAAUUCGUUUGGCAGAAGUCUGGUUAGACGACUACAAGAAGUAUUACUACCAACGGAUCGGUGAUGAUCUCGGCGAUUACGGGGACGUUAGCUCUCGGAAAGAGCUGCGAAAGCGGUUGAGUUGUAAGCCCUUUGACUGGUACAUCAAGAAUGUCUACCCGGAGCUGUUUGUUCCCGGAGAGGCUGUUGCUUCGGGAGAGGUGCGAAAUCUUGGCGGAGAGUCGCCGUCGAAGAUGUGUUUGGACAGCGCCGCCCGAAAGGGUGAUUACCACAAACCCAUUGGUCUCUACCCGUGUCAUAACCAGGGAGGCAAUCAGAUGUGUUUGGACAGCGCCGCCCGAAAGGGUGAUUACCACAAACCCAUUGGUCUCUACCCGUGUCAUAACCAGGGAGGCAAUCAGUAUUGGCUUCUGAGCAAAGAGGGAGAGAUUAGGCGAGACGAGGCCUGUCUGGACUUCGCCGGUCGGGAUGUAGUCCUCUAUCCAUGCCAUGGAUCUAAAGGCAAUCAGCACUGGAUCUAUGAUGAAGACUUGCGUCAAAUAAAGCACGGAAUUAGUGGUAAAUGCCUUCAGAUGUCAUCGGAUAGAGAGAAGGUUUUGAUGAGUGAGUGCUCCCAAAGCGAGUCCAACCAGAAGUGGAAGUUUGCAAACUAUGAUCCGUCCAAAGUUGCCAAAGACUCCGAUGUUUAGUUCAAUUUGAAUACAACUCUAGUUUUAAUUUUAUUUACAAAAUACUGUUUUUCGAGAGAAACACACGAACUGUGAAACCGUUGUUUGCUUUCCGAAGUGUUUUUCGCAACAUUUUUGCCCAAUUCUUGGACUCUAUUCAAUGAAUUGUGAGUUUUGUCGACAAAACAUAUAUAUUUGAACUCAAUUUGAAGACAACUACAAAGUGUUUGAUUCGGUCGACACUUACAACUAAUUGAAGACAACAUUAAUAGGAGUUUAAAUGAAUUGUAUUUUUGGUUUAAUGAUCGAGAAGUGCCACC